GACUCUCUUGGGCUUUAGAUCCUCAACUACCUUUCACCAUGACCACCAGCGUCAGGCAAUAUUCCUCGUCUACAUCCCUAAAGGGGUUAGGUGGAUUAAGUGGAUUAGGAGGUGGCUCCACACGGGUUUCCUCUGUGAAUCUUGGAGGUCCCUACAGAACCCCAAGUAUUCAUGGGGGAUCUGGUGGCUUUUCUGUCUCCUCUUCUAGGUAUGUCUCUGGAGUAGGAAGUAGCCUGGGUGGUGGCUAUGGGGGGAGCUACAGUAGUAGCUUUGGAGGUGGCUACGGGGGUGGCCUUGGAGGUGGCUACGGGGGUGGCCUUGGUGGUGGCCUUGGUGGUGGCCUUGGUGGUGGCUAUGGGGGUGGCCUUGGAAGUGGCUAUGGGGUUGGCUUUGGAGGUGGCUUUGGUGGUGGUGAUGGCAUUCUCCCUGCGGGUGAGAAGGAAACUAUGCAGAACCUGAACGACCGCCUGGCUACCUACCUGGACAAGGUGCGUGCUCUGGAGGAGGCCAAUUCUGAUCUGGAGAUUAAGAUCAAGGAGUGGUAUAAGAAGCAGGGACCCAGUCCUGACCGUGACUACAGCCCAUAUUACAGGACAAUUGAAGACCUGAGGAGCAAGAUCCUUGCUGCCACUAUCGACAAUGCCAACAUUGUCUUACAGAUUGACAAUGCCAGGCUGGCAGCUGAUGACUUCAGAACCAAGUUUGAGACAGAGCUGUCCCUGCGCAUGAGUGUGGAGGCUGACAUCAAUGGCCUGCGUAGAGUCCUGGACGAGCUGACCCUGGCCAGAGCUGACCUGGAGAUGCAGAUCGAAAACCUGAAGGAAGAGCUGGCUUAUCUCAAGAAGAACCAUGAGGAGGAAAUGAAUAUACUACGCAGCCAGCUGGGUGGAGAUAUCACUGUGGAGAUGGACGCCGCUCCUGGGGUUGACCUGACCAAGAUCCUGGCCGACAUGAGAGAGCAGUAUGAGAGCUUGGCAGAGAAGAACCGUAAAGAGGCUGAGCAGUGGUUCUUCACCAAGACAGAAGAGCUGAACCGAGAAGUAGCCAUGAACACGGAACAGUUGCAGAGCGGCAAGUCGGAGAUCACAGAACUAAGACGCACCGUCCAGGGCCUGGAGAUAGAGCUGCAGUCCCAGCUCAGCAUGAAAGCUGCUCUGGAAGGCACCUUGGCGGAGACAGAAGCUCGCUAUGGCACCCAGUUGGCACAGCUCCAGGCCCUGAUCACUAGCGUGGAGGAGCAGCUGGCCGAGCUCCGAUGUGACAUGGAGCGCCAGAACCACGAGUACAAGAUUCUCGUGGACGUUAAGACGCGCCUGGAGCAAGAGAUUGCCACGUAUCGCCGCCUGCUGGAGGGCGAGGAUGCCCACAUUGCUUCCCAGUACUCGGCAGCGCUGUCCUCGCAGGGUGGGAGAGAUGUAAUCUCAUCCGCUCGUCAAGUCCGCACUAUUGUUGAGGAGGUCCAAGAUGGAAAGGUGGUCUCUUCCCGUGAGCAGGUUCAGCUUUCCACCCGCUAACAGUACAGAGAACUCUAUGGAUCCCGGUCCCAUGGCCUGCGCUGCUCAGAAACAAUAAAGCAAGAGAGUCAUUGAAUGAUCCAGUCGCUGUAUCUAACUGAGCCAUGGGGAAUACUCAGCUCAGUUUGUGCUUUCUCUUUCACCUGUCUUUGAGUACCGUACUGAAGUCUGCAAACGUCUAAUAAA